AUGUCGACAUAUAGUGAAGAAAUGUUGCAUCUCGAUAGUGAUAUAGAAGGCGAAGAAUUCACCAGUGGCGAUGGCGUUGGUACUGAUAGAGACGACUUGGGGAAAGAGAAUUGUAAAGGUCAGAAAUGCUUAAGUGAAAUUAUAGUUGAUGAUAUAAGAGCUAUGGAAUUUAGCACAGAGCAAGAAGCUAUAGACUUUUAUGAAGCGUAUGCACGUUCCCAAGGGUUUGCCAUAAGGAAGGAUGAUGUGAAAUAUAAUGAUGAGAAUGAAAUUGUUUCGCGUCGAUUACUUUGCAAUAAAGCGGGUAAGAGUGAAAGGAAAAAUAGGAAGAAUGAGGAUAGACAUAGGCCAACUAUGAGAAUUGGCUGUCUUGCUAGACUUCGAGUGGCUUAUGAUAUGAUUCGUAAGAUUUGGAAGGUUACUAUGUUUCAGCCCUUUCACAACCACGACUUAACUCCCGCAAAUUUUGUUCACUUGAUUCCUAAUUAUCGUAAGUUGAGUGAAGCAGAUAAACAGGUUGUCAAUGGUUUGCAUUCACAAGGUGUUAGAACAUGUCAUAUAUUGGGUUUUUUGAUGGAUCAGAAAGGAGGUCAUGAAGAUCUUGGAUUUAUCAAAAAGGACUUGUAUAACUACACAGAUCAUCAAGGAAGGGUUAGAAUUGAAGACGAGGAUACUUUCGCUACUUUGAGUUAUUUUCAAGGUAAAGCUGAUGGUGAUUCAAACUUCUUUUCAGAGUUCACCUUUACAGAUGAUGGGCGGUUAGAAAAUAUUUUUUGGGCAGAUUCUACCAGCAAGCUUGAUUAUGAAUGCUUUGGUGAUGUGGUUGCAUUUGACACCACAUAUAAAAAGAACAGAUAUGGCAAGCCACUUGUAAUUUUUAGUGGAUACAACCACCAUGGAGAAACAACCAUUUUUGUAUGUGCUUUAAUUUGCGAUGAGACAGCAGAAACAUAUAAGUGGGUUUUAAAUAUGUUUUCAAAGGCUAUGUAUAAUAAAUACCCAAAAGCAGUUGUUACAUAUGCGGAUAAAGCAAUGAGGGAAGCUAUUAGAGUUAAAAGUUUGAGUCUGAGUGGCAGAGGGUUGUUGAGACUUAUGGUGUAUCAAAGGAUAAGUGGAUCCUCAAAACAUAUAAAUUGA